AUGGGCUACAAUCAACUUAGUGAUUCUAUUCCUUUAUCUCUAGCAAACUUGAGUAACCUAGAGGUUCUGUACCUAGGUGAGAAUAAAUUAUCUGGUUUCAUUCCUACACAACUUGGGAAUUUGAAGGCUCUCACUAAUCUUGGUCUGAGUGACAAUCAACUUAGUGGUUCUAUUCCUUCAUCACUAGCAAACCUCAGCAACCUACAGAAUUUGUGCUAUGGUGGAAAGCUUCAAAGGUUCACAGCAAAUAGUAAUCAACUCACUGGACCUAUCUCAAGAGGUUUACAGAAUUGCCUUAGCUUAAUAAGCGCUCGUUUUGAUCAAAAUCAAUUCAUUGGAGAUAUAUCCAACAGCUUUGGCAUCUAUCCACACUUAAAAUACCUUGAUAUCAGUCACAAUAAUUUUCAUGGGGAACUUUCUCAAAACUGGAGUAAAUGCAAGAAUUUGACAGCCUUAGUGAUGGCCUAUAACAAUAUCAGUGGUAGCAUACCACCAGACUUUGGAAAUUCAACUCAACUACAAAGGCUUGAUCUUUCUUCAAACCAUUUGGUUGGUGAAAUCCCAAAGGAGUUUGGGAAGAUGAAAAGUAUGCUGAAUUUGUCCUUGGCUAAUAACGAACUUUCAGGUAUUAUACCUCCACAGCUCGGAUCUUUAGAACUCCUUGAAAUACUCGACCUAUCCACAAACAGAUUAAGUGGGUCAAUACCAAGAAGUAUUAGUCAAUGGGAACAUAUCCACUACUUGAAUCUUAGUAAUAACAAACUCACUGAAAAAAUUCCAUCUGAAAUUGGUAAAUUGGUUCAACUUACAGAACUUGAUUUAUCUCAGAAUUUGCUCGCAGAAGAGAUACCAUCUGAAGUUCAAAGUUUGAAAAAUCUACAAAAGUUGAAUCUUUCUCACAAUAGACUAUCUGGUUCUAUUCCAAACGCUUUUACAAGUUUGCCUAGUGGGAUUGACAUCGACCUGUCCAACAAUGAGCUCACAGGUCCAGUUCCCCUUUGCUCCAACUUUGUAAAUGCAUGCUUACAUGGUAAUUCAGGUUUGUGUGGUAAUUUUACAGGACUAAAAUUUUGUACAAGUCAAAUCUAUAAGAAGAAAAAUGAUCCCUUUCAUCAUCAACUCAUCCUGGUAAUUAUGCUCCCUCUUAUUGGGGUAAUUUUACUUGGUUUGUUCAUGUGUGGCCUCAUUGCUUAUCGAAAACAAACGAGACAUUAUCCAAAGAAACCAUUGGACAAAGAAGGUGGUGAUUAUUUCUCCAUAACAAGUUUCGAUGGAGGAGUAGUGUAUGAUGAAAUCUUGAAAGCAACGAACAAUUUUGAUGAAGCAUACUCGAUUGGGACCGGAGGAUAUGGGACUGUGUACAAAGCCAAGCUACAGCCUAACAAUGUUUUAGCUGUUAACAAACUUCACUCAUCAUCUGAGAAUGUUGAUCAAAAUGGAUUCCUUAAUGAGGAGCGAUGUCUUAGCAAAAAAUUGGAUUGGUUGAAAAGGGUCAAUAUUGUAAAGGCUGUUGCUAAUGGUUUAGCUUAUAUGCAUCACGACUGCUCACCUCCUAUAAUUCAUAGAGACAUUUCCAUUGGCAACAUCCUUCUUGAUUCUGAUUAUGAGGCACAUAUUUCUGAUUUUGGUACAUCCAAGCUUUUAAAGCUAGACUCAUCCAACUGGACCACAAUCGUAGGUACCUACGGCUAUAUCGCGCCAGAGCUUGCUUAUACGAUGGUGGCAACCGAGAAAUGUGAUGUGUAUAGCUUUGGGAUUGUUGUACUAGAAGUGAUCAUGGGAAAGCAUCCUGGUGAACUACCAACAUUGCCUGCUGAUUAUCUGGUGUUGGUAAAUGUUGGAGAUAGUCGGAUUCCACUUCCCUCACCACAAGUUGAGAAACAAGUUAAUUUAGUACUGAAUCUCUCAAGAGUAUGUUUAAACUCCAAUCCACACGAAAGGCCAACAAUGCACCAUGUUUCAAAUCUGUUGACCAAGGCCUGA